AUGAUGGAGUGUGUGGGUGAUUAAAGUCACUUCGCCGGUUGGACGUUUUGUCAGUAAGACGCAUAACGUGUCAAAGCUAGCUGCUUGCUGGACGGGCGGAAUAACAAAGUUGUGUAUAUUGUUUUGUAUAUAUAUAUAUAUAUAUAUAUAUAUAUAUACACAUACAUACAUACACAUACGCAUAUGUUGUAGAUUUUAUACAUAUUACAUAUAUGUGUAUUAUAUGUUAUAGCGUUGUUUAGCAAGGGAUAGUUUCCUUGCUUCAUUCACAUUCAUAAAUGUUUCUUAUUUAUAUUCAUUCAAAUAUAUGUUUAUAAGCAUAUACGCAUGUACUGUACGUAUAUAUAAAUAUAUAUAAACAAACGAACCGAACAACAACAACAACAAAGUUCAAGUUUACUACCAUUAUUAAUUAUUUUCUAAAUUAUUUCUUACUAAGUUAAUAUACAAACAAUAUUAGUAUUUUUUGUUUCUUUUCAAUUUCCAACUUAACGAAGACAUUGAAAAAGAAAUGUUUUAGUGAUAUCGUGAAUAUAAAGUAAUAUAUACAUAUACUUAGAACUAGCGAUUAAGAGCUAAAAUGAUAAUGAAUCACUUAUAAUAGUGUAAUUAUAAUUACAAUAAUAAUUUAUUAGACAUAAACACAGACAAUUAAAGUAAAGAUAACAGGGACAGACAGAUAAAUAUAUCAAUGUUUGCAAAUGAAUGAAUUAAUGAAUCGCUUAUAGAAAUACAUAAAUGAGAAGGAGUCGUUGAGUUGGAGGAAGGAACGAGAGAAGAAGGAAAACCAUUGAGGGAGAAAGAGAGUGAGAGAGAGAGAGGGGAAGGAUCAUCACCAACUUCAUCAUCAGCAACAGCAACAGCAGCAGCAGCAUCAGUAGAAAGAGCAGCAAUAGGACCCCUGUUAUAACAACAACAGUUUCAACAACAGCAGCUAGUGACCAUGGAUGAGAACGAAUACCGAAGUGUUGCCCAAGGAGUGGCUCUUAAACUACAGACUUACUUGAAUGACAAAGAUGGAUGGGAAGUGGCCAAAAAAUUUAAAGAUAUUACCGUUUACUGUAAAAAGUCGCCAGAGUUUAGCGGUCACCUAUAUAAAGCUGAAAUGACAGUGAAUGCACCACCCGCAACAGUUUUUGAAUACAUCGAUCCCUGGCCCGACUCACCGAGGCUGAAGUGGGACAACAGGAUGAAAGGUAUUGAAACGCUAAAAAAAUUCGACAAGGAUCUAAGGGUGAUGAGGACAUACACGAGCAGUGCCUGUAUUGGACUAAUCUCUCCAAGGGAUUUUGUUGAUGUCAUCUAUGCAGUCAAUACUGAUAAAUAUAUAGCAACUUGUGCUGUCAGCAUUGAAUCAGAGCAAUGUCCUCCAUUGUCUGCUUAUGUAAGGGGAUGGAAUCAUCCUUGUGGAUUAAUCUGUUGCCGAGUUCCCAAUGAACCAAACAAGACCAAACUGGUGAACCUGAUUCAACCAGAUCUGGGCGGUAUGGUACCACGAGGCUUAGUGGAAGCUGCUAUGCCGCCCUCCAUCGAAGGCUUUUACAUUAAUUUGAACGGUGCUCUGAAAGACGAUGGCAAACUCAUAUCAUCAGAUGAAUAGAAAUAAACCCGGUGACCAACUUUGCUGAUAAAUAUAUCUAACCAUACAUUCAUCCAAUCAAUAUUAGAUAUGAAAGAACCAUUACUAUAUGUACCCUUAACAAACAUCACAAUAGACAUUUCUAUAUGUACCCAACAAUUAUAUUUCUAAACAUACCAUUAAUGCAACAACAAACAUUUAAAAAAUGCACCCUUAACAAACAUAUAUAUAUAUAUAUACAUAUAUACACACACACGCACAUAUACCUUUAGCAAUACUGUAACAUACAUUAUUGUCCCCUAAACAAUAUAACAACAUACAUUUAUAAAUGUAUUCUUAAAAAAAUACAUUUCUAAAUGUCCCAUUAACAUCACUUUCAAAAACACAAUGUCCCCUCCCCCCUCACUCCCACCCAGCCACCUGCUACAAACACCUAAAAGGUAUUAGUAUUCCCUUACCAAAACAAUAACAUACUUAAUUGUUUUCUUACCAAUAACUUCAGAAAUAUUUUAAGCGAUUAUUGAUAUUGAUAUUAUUAUUAUUAUUAUUAUUAUUAUUAUUAUUAUUAUUAUUAUUAUUGUUAUUGCUGUUGUUAUUAUUAUUAUUAUUAUUAUCAUUAUUAUUAUUAUUAUUGUUACUAUUAUUAUUAUUAUUAUUAUUAUUAUUAUUAUUAUUAUUAUUAUUAUUAUUAUUAUUAUUACUACUGCUACUACUUUAAUUAUAAUCUGGGAUCAAAAUUUUAAUUCUAGAAUUAUUCUAGAAUAUUGUAUAACAUUAUUAUUAGUAAUAUUGUGUAUCUGCGUAUGCAUGUACAUACACAUACAUAAAUGUGCAUGCACGCACACGCACACACACAGAUAUUAACAUACACAGAUAUAUGUAUGUACAUAUACAUAUAGACAGUAGAAACCUUCCUCCCUACUUACCUAUUUACCUACCUACCCAUAUACAUAUAUACACAUAUACACAUAUGCAGAUAUACAUGUAUAAACCUACAUACAAUGAUAUAUACACACAUGCAUACAUAGACACAAAUACAUAUACCUAUUUUAGAUACAGACAGGCACAUGAUCAAUGUUAUUUAACAUUUUAUAUUUUAUUUUAUUCAACAAACACUUUAAUCUUAUUCCUCAGACUUUCUCAAUUUUGUCUUGAAAUGUUUUAGAGUAUAAACUAUAUUGUUGUUGUAUGUGCUAUCUAUCUGUUUUGCUGUAUCUCUGUUUUAGUGCAAAGCGAUGGCAGUAGGUGGUGGAGGUGGUAGAAUGGCAGAUAAAUUGCUUGUUUUUCGCUAUUUAGUUUUGUCAUUUUUUUAAUGUUCUGAGUUCACAUUUCAGAAUUGGCAACUCUGUUUCUCAUCCUUCUGGUGUAGAUAUAAUCACAACCAGAUUGAUUGUAGUCAGUAUAAUAAACUGCUAUACACUAUCCUUGAAAUUUGGGGUCAUCUGUUUAUAUUAGUCAUCAACAUUUGACAAGAAAGUAUUGUAGAUGAUAGAAUUGUUUGGGCAUGGGACUCCAUAUGGUUUCCACUAUUUGUUAAUGCCUAUUUAAGUUUUAAAGGUCUUGUACUUAACUUAGAAAUGGUGCACUGAGGACUGUGAAUUAGAAUUGGUGGAACCAUGGCCAAACUAGUUGCUCAUCUUCACUUUCCCUCCAUCAGUCUGAGAGUCCCUGUUGAAGUAUAUGAGUAUUGCCCCUUCCCCUUCCAACUAAGACAAUAUAUACACACACACACACAUAUAUAUAUAUAUAUAUAUAUAUAUAUAUUUUCGUGCAGGUGACACGUAAAA